CGGCCAGUGAGUGGGUGACAGCAGAGUGGUUCAGUUGCUUGCUUGAAUAAUACGAUUUUUCCCCCUCUCGACCGAAAAGCUGUGUGUCCAUUUGUUGACCAGAACAUACACACACUGGAAGAAGAAGAAGAAAAAGCUUUUUUAAAGAAAAGCUUCAAAGCUUAAAGGAGUUUUAAGCCAAGAAGAAGACGAAGCCAGCAGUGCUCGUGCAAAAAGUGGUCGUUUUUUCCUUUUUCUUGAGUUUUCCUUUCAUCUUUGGACUACUCGUUAGUGAGUGUGUGUAUGACAAGUGUGUGUGUUCGUUCGCGUACGAGUUUGCUGCCGAGAGUGGAAAACAGAUUUUCCAACUUUUUAUCGCCGUUAAUGUCGCGCUGAAUUUUCCGUUGAUGUGGGCAGCAGCAGCAGAAGCCGUUUGAAAGAAAAAUUCCAAGAGGAAAAACUCUGCUUGUUUUUUUUCUGUGUGUCAAAGUUUAGUGAAAAGUGCGUGCGUGUUUUUCCACCCUCCAGUGUCCGGAAAAACGCGAUUUUCUACUCGUAAAAAGCGAUGAGACUAGUGUCUGACAUCUACAAUGAGAGUAUCGAACCGUCACUAGGAGGAAUCACUAAGCCACUGACACAACAGUACGUAAGCGUAGAGCAGCUGACGCCGUGGGGCAGCAAGGAGGACAGCAGCAGUAGCAGUGCCACCAGCCGUCCCCGAACAGCCGACUACCACAGCCACAUCCAGUGCGGCGCCGAAGGGCCACGCCACGACGCGAGCCCCUUCCCGUGGGAUGACCAGAUCAACCAGCGGAUCGUAAUCUGGGAAGGUGACAUUUCGCUGCUGGCCGUCGACGCCAUUACCAAUACCACCAAUGAGACACUGACCGAGAAGAAUCGGGUUUCGAAGAAGAUUUUUGGCCGCGCCGGGACCGCCCUCACCUCUGCCGUGGUGCAUGACGUCGGAAGAUGCAAAACCGGUGAAGUUUGCGUAACACCAGGGUUCUUUCUACCUGCUAAGUACAUCAUCCACACAGUUGGUCCUAUCUACAGCGAAAAGUAUCAUACCGCGUCCGAGAGUACGCUACAUUCCUGUUAUCGAAACGUUUUGUACAAAGCGAAGGAGCUAGGAUUAAGAACCAUUGCUUUAUGUGAUAUUAGCUCAGUGCAGAGAAAUUUCCCACCAGACACUGCUGCACACAUAGCGCUAAGAACAAUCCGUCGUUUUCUGGAGCAAUACCGUGCCGAGAUUGUGAUAGUUUGCCUUGACCCGAAUGAGCAGCGCGGCGGCAUCUACGAGGUACUAGCGCCGUUGUACUUCCCCCGCGACCCGCUCGAGGAACAAAGUGCCCUGUGGCAGCUGCCGAAGGACGUCGGCGGAGCGUAUGGUGAACCGCAGCUAGCCGAUCGCCAGAUCCGCAUCAUUCACAACCCACAGCACGCCGUCAUGAUCGAAGCUGACGACGAUUCCGACACUAGUCCACACGAUUUGGAAAUGGGUUCCGACGUGGAGUACAACAACAUCAAUCUGAGCCUGGCGUCCCACCUGGGCGGAGGAACGCACUCGUUUACGCAUAUGCAGGGCGAUCUCGACCGCCAGCGAUUGUUGGGCGAUCGACCCCGGAUGGUGUACGAGAGCGUCGUGGACGAUGGUCUGGAAGGAAUAGAACACCAAGAAAGUUCACCAUUACUGGUGGAUUGCGAAACCACCGAAACGUACUGUCCGGACGCGAUCGGGCACGUCCUGGCGACGCACAUCGGCAAGCGGACCCGCAUCCUGGAUGGGUCCUUCACGUACGUGGAGCUCAUGAAGCACUAUAGCUCCUCGCUCGACGAUCCGGACUGGCAGAAGGAAAACCUAUAUGAGCGACUGUUGCGUCGUGCCAAGACCGAGGACCUGUCGGAGGUGUCCGGCAUCGGGUGUCUGUACCAGAGUGGCGUGGACCGGCUGGGGCGACCCGUGAUCGUGUUCUGUGGCAAAUGGUUCCCCGCCCAUAAUAUCGAUCUGGAGAAGGCCCUGCUCUACCUGAUAUACCUGCUCGAUCCGAUCGUGAAGGGAGACUACGUGAUCGCCUAUUUCCACACCCUCACCGGCUCCAACAACUAUCCCUCGCUGCAGUGGCUGAAGGACGUGUACAGCAUACUGCCGUACAAAUACAAGAAAAACCUGAAGGCAUUCUACAUCGUCCACCCCACCUUCUGGACCAAAAUGAUGACCUGGUGGUUCACGACGUUCAUGGCGCCGGCCAUCAAGACGAAGGUCCACUCGCUACCCGGCGUCGAGCAUCUCUACUCGGCCAUCGCCAAGGACCAGCUCGAGAUUCCCGCCUACAUCACCGAGUACGAUAUGGCGACGAACGGCAUUCACUACUUCCAACCCGUCACCAACACGUCGUCGCCGGCGUCCUAAGAGAAGUCCUCCGCUGGCAAUCCCGGGCUGUCCGUAACAGCCGACACUCCUCCCCUAUACAUUCGUUUACACUCGGAAAAUUUCCUCCUCCCAAAUCGAUCGUGAUAGGUGUUCAUUGCAUUACGUUCAACCUCUCGUCCCAUCAAGCUGCAAAAAAUUACACUCAUUCUUCGUCGCAACAAAAUUCUAAACGUUUCGACGUUUUUCUUCAUCGUAGUGUGUAAUGUUAUAACAAAAACAAUGAUGAAACUUUACUGUUCUAAACGAAACAAGAUGAAAACCUUUUGCUUCCUUUCCACCGUUGAGAAAAAAAACAACAGAAAUACACACAACCUAACAAAGAGAAUCGGUAAUCUAAUAACAAACUGCAAGAAGUAUAAUGAAAACAAAAAAGAAUCACGUCUAAACUUAUUUAAACUGAGGUGAGAAAAAAAAGAGAGCGCAAGGAGAGUAUAUAUAAGGUAAGUAAAAAACAUUAACAUAGUGAAAGUCGGCGCGCGAAAGGUGGAAGAAGUUCGAGGGAGAAGUUAUGUUAGCUAAACAAAACAAACGUUUUAUCGAGACUUAAACAAGUUACAACAAGUACAUAUAUACAAAACAAAUGAAAACAUUUAAAAGAGUACUAGUUGCUAGAAUGCGAAACAGGUUGAUAAGGAGUGGGAAAACACGGAAAAAUUGGGGCGAAAUUCUACGAAAAUGUGUUUUUUUUACUGAAACGAUCGAAUCUAAAAUAAACAAAGACGUGACUUGUGUUUAAACUUUUGACUGUUGGCUAACGUUGACAGCCUGUACCACCAAUCAAUUGACAGUCCAGAGAAGCCAACUGCUCGAUAAUCAUGAUUGACUGUUUACAAAUUUAUACCAACUGACAGUUCUAUACUGUCAUUAGGUUGACAGUAAACUAUUGUCAUUUUUUUGAUUGUCAACUAUUGUCAUUCUUGGCAGUGAACUACUGUCAUUCUGUUGACAGUCAACUAUUGUCAUCAAGAUUGUCAUUCUUGACAGUGAUUUUCUUGACAGUGAACUAUUGUCAUUUUGUUGACAGUCAACCAUUGUCAAUCUUGACAGAGAACUACUGUUAUUCUUUUGAAGUCAACUAUUGUCAUUCUGAUGUCAGUAAAUUAUUGUCAUUCUGUUCAACUAUUGCCAUUCUUGGCAAUGAACUGUUUUCAUUCUAGUGACAGUCAGCCAUUGUAAUUCUGUUGACAGUCAAUUAUUGUCAUUAUUGACAGUGAACUAUUGUCAUUCUGUUGACAGUCAACUAUUGUCAUUCUGAUGUCAGUAAUUUAUUGUCAUUCUUGACAGUGAACUAUUGUCAUUCUGUUGACAAUCAAUUAUUGUCAUUCUGUUGACGAUUUACUGCUUUCAAUCUAUUGACUGUCAAUUUCUUGAUAUUUCGGAAAUGACGGUUGAACUGUCAGUAAAAUCAGGAAAACAUUAAAGAAUGCAUUUUCGUACAGAUUUGCUCUCGUGAAGGCAAACGGACGAGUAUUACAAAGAAGUAGCCAGCAAAAUAAAAACUUUAACUGAAAGCGAGUCAGAGUAGUGUGUUAUUUAGAGCAAAAGACGAACCCCAAUCGAAAUAUUCAGCAAACAUUCAAUACAAACACAGCAAAACCAACAGAUGCAAAACAAAGAGAAGAAAAUCAUAGAUAUUUUUGCUGCUAUGCGGCUUUUUGUAGAACAGGAAGAAGAAACUUAACCCUAGUCGAAUCAGAAACAAAAUAUAAACAACAGACACCACCCUCACAGCUUUCCCAGCGCUUAUGAAACAAACAAAAAAAAGUAACAUCAAAAUAUGAGAAACCAAAUAAACAAAAGUAUGUCCUAGACAAAUCCGAUGCAGAGAGCACGAUGUCCCCCGAAAGUGGAGGAGCCCAAACGUUUGCGAAGAAUUCAACUUUAAACAAGCAAGUCGUGUACCGUUUAAAACAAAACAAAAAUCACUAAAAUUACGAAGCAAUUUCUUGAAAAGAAGCCAUUUUUAGACGAAGCCAUUCAGUAAGUUUGUUGUUAAAGCUGUAGGCGCAGUGCAGAGUGACGUAAGCGGGAUGCGGAGAAUCGUUGAAUUAUGUAGAGUUGAGUGAAAAAUAUAAUCAAAAAUUGCGAUAAUUGUUUCUGUUACAAACACAACACUAAAAAAAGAACUUGUAUAACAAAACACAUAGUUACAGUUUUGUUCUUUAGGGUAUGUUCUGAAAUCGAGUGUUGUUCGAUAUCUAAAUGACUACAUCUUAAGCGUACUUUAGCGAACCCCUUUUUCCAAAAGGCAAGGCAGGGGACUCUACUCCUAGCGAAACAAAAAAACCCAAUUCGUCUUUCUGGAGCCAGUCGAUUCUGUUUGGGUAAGAUUUUUCUAGAUGUGUGCAGCAAGUCGUGCAAAACUUUAACGAACCGAAAUUCUAACUUCUCAAUGCAUAUUUUCUUGUUACUCAAAACAAUACGAUACAAAGUUGCAGAAAAUUCUCCUUGAAAAACAUUAACUAGCAUCUACGUGUGUUAUCUUGAAAAGACUCGUUUAACUUUUAGUGGAGAUUAUUCGUUAACUGUAAGCAAAGCAUAUUUUACUUGUUUUAAUCAAGCAAAUCUAUACAAAACUAAUCAUUCACACUUUUAAACCAACUAAAAUGGGAUAACACAAAGAAGAAGAUAACUUUACACUUGGAAGAGCAUACACCACCAAAUGGAGGUGUGCAAACAAUACAAUUCAUAAAGAAAAACAAACACACAUACCGUUGUAAACUAUUGUUAAACAAUUACGUUAGCGAGAUGCCAAGCCAAGAAGAAGAUUUAGGUAGUGGACAUUAAACAAGGCAGGAAAAAUGCAUGAUAACACACACACACUUAGGCACAGCGGCAAAAUGUGAAAGUAUUUAAGUUUUUAAUAGAGGUUUAAUUUAUUUCGAUGCGCAGAACAAAAAUAAUGAAAACAGACAAACAGAAAAAAAAACAUUAAAACUUGUUGGUACAUUUUUUGAAACGAA